AAAACGUCUUUACCAAGUUGACCAAUCGCUUCUUACGCUCUACUUGCACCCGGCACGCAGUGGCGCGAAAACCCUUCAGUGUGAAGUCUGACGGCAGCAGAGCAGACACCGUACGGAACUCUGUGCGCAAUAUUUCAAGAUUUUAAAGUAGAAAAAAAGAAGCGCUUAUAAUGGCAACCGACGUCGUAGAUGACCUGGAGAUGAGAGAGGCUCAGAGGGACUACCUGGACUUCCUGGACGACGACCAAGACCAGGGGGUCUACCAGAGCAAAGUCCGGGACAUGAUCAGUGAGAACAAAGCCCGGCUCACCGUCAACAUCAACGACCUGAGGAGGCGCAACGAGGCCCGGGCUGCAAAACUGAUGAGCAAUGCGUUCGAGGAGCUGCUGGCGUUCCAGCGGGCCCUGAAGGACCUGGUGGCCUCAGUGGACGCCACCUACGCCAAGCAGUACGAGGAGUUCUUCAUCGCCCUGGAGGGCAGCUUCGGCACCAAGCACGUCACCCCCCGCACCCUGACCUCCCGCCUGCUGGGCAGCAUGGUGUGUGUGGAGGGCAUCAUCACCAAGUGUUCUCUUGUGCGUCCUAAAGUAGUGCGCAGCGUCCACUACUGCCCGGCCACCAAGAAAACAAUGGAGAGGAAGUACACCGACAUGACGUCGCUGGAUGCCUUCCCCUCCAGCGCCAUCUACCCCACCAAGGACGAGGAGAACAACCCCCUGGAGACGGAGUUCGGUCUCUCCGUCUACAAGGACCACCAGACCAUCACGGUGCAGGAGAUGCCGGAGAAGGCGCCCGCCGGCCAGCUGCCCCGCUCGGUGGACAUCAUCCUGGACAACGACCUGGUGGACGUGGUCAAACCGGGGGACCGGGUGCAGGUCAUCGGCACGUACCGCUGCCUGCCCGGCAAGAAGGGAGGCUUCACCUCCGGCACAUUCAGGACCAUCAUGAUAGCUUGCCACGUCAAGCAGAUGAGUAAGGAAGUGUCCCCCAACUUCUCAGCGGACGAUAUAGCCAAAAUCAGGAACUUCAGCCAGACUCGCUCCAUGGAUGUGUUUGAUCAGCUGUCCCGCUCCCUGGCUCCCAGCAUCCACGGCCAUGAGUACAUAAAGAAGGCCAUCCUGUGCAUGUUGCUGGGCGGCGCCGAGAAGGUUCUGGAUAACGGCUCGCGCAUCAGAGGAGACAUCAACAUCCUGCUCAUCGGUGAUCCAUCGGUGGCAAAGUCCCAGCUGCUGCGCUACGUGCUCCACACAGCGCCGCGGGCCAUCGCCACCACCGGCCGAGGCUCCUCCGGCGUGGGUCUGACCGCUGCAGUCACCACCGACCAGGAGACCGGCGAGCGGCGUCUGGAGGCGGGGGCCAUGGUGCUGGCCGACCGCGGCGUGGUGUGCAUCGACGAGUUCGACAAAAUGUCCGACAUGGACCGCACGGCCAUCCACGAGGUGAUGGAGCAGGGCCGCGUCACCAUCGCCAAGGCUGGCAUCCACGCCCGGCUCAACGCCCGCUGCUCUGUGCUGGCGGCUGCCAACCCCGUCUACGGCAGGUACGACCAGUAUAAAACCCCCAUGGAGAACAUCGGCCUCCAGGACUCCUUGCUGUCCCGCUUCGACCUCCUGUUCAUCGUGCUGGAUCAGAUGGACGCCGAGCACGACCGCGAGAUCGCCGAUCACGUGCUGCGGAUGCACCGCUACCGAGACCCCCGCGAGCAGGAGGGAGCAGCCAUGCCUAUGGGCGGCACCGUAGACGUCCUGGCCACAGAAGACCCCGACGUGAUAGCCGAGGAGCGCGAGGAGAUGCACAUCUACGAGAAACACAACAACAUGCUGCACGGAAGCCGGAGGAAGAAGGAUAAGAUCGUGAGUAAGGAGUUCAUGAGGAAGUACAUCCACAUCGCCAAGGCUGUGACACCCGUGCUGACCGAGGAGGCAGCCAAUCACAUCGCAGAAGAGUACUCGCUCAGGAGCCAGGAGCAGAUGGGUGUCGACAUUGCCCGGACCUCUCCAGUGACAGCCCGUACGCUGGAGACGUUGAUCCGCCUGUCCACCGCACACGCCAAGGCCCGCAUGAGCAAAGCCGUGGAGCUGGAGGACUCGGAGGUGGCCGUGGAGCUCGUCCAGUUCGCCUACUUUAAAAAGGUUCUGGAGAAAGAGAAGAAACGGUCAAGACAGCAGCGCGACUCUGCUUCAGAGGAGGAAGAGGAGGAGUCGUCCACUCAACGGUCCCAGAAAACCUCCAAGAAGCGGGGGCGUCUGGGCUCUCAGGGCAGCGACCCCUACAGCCCGUAUGACUUCAGCGAGGAGCAGAACGUCCCCGAGAUUCAGGCCGGCACCCCGAAACCAGCCAAGCCCCAGCGGGAUGACGAGGAGCCCAUGGAGGCCACUUCCCAGGCCAAAGACUCUGAGCUGUCUGCAGAGAGGCUGAAGGAGUUCAAGUCGUCGCUGUUCGCCGUGUUCCAGUCCGCUCACGCUCAGUCUGUCAAGAUGAAGACGCUGAUGGACGACAUCAACAAGGAGCGCGAGAAGCGCUUCGCCGAGCCCGAGGUCCGCGCCGCGCUGGCCCGCAUGCAGGACGACAACCAGGUCAUGGUGGCUGAUGACAUCAUCUUCCUCAUCUGAGGGGGGGGGGGGGGGGGGGGGAGAUGACGCUGGCUAAAAUGGAUUACAUGGACUGUAUAAAGAAAGUGAUAUUUGCAUGUACAUUUAUGUUUUUCUCCCGUUUGUAUUCAUACACCCUCUGUUUCCUCUCUAUUUUGUAAUUCCACCCACAAUGCACCGGGAGUUAUGAGUUAUUCCUCUCAUUGAAUUGGAUCCACCGUGGUGCAGAUUGUUCCAUUUAGCAAUGAAACUGGAGCGUGUUGCUUCACUGUAAUAAAUAUAAUAUGAUUAUGGUAAGUUUACAACACUUCUGAUGUCUGGAUUUGUAAAUAGUUGAAGAGAAGUUUUGAAGUUAUAACUGUAGCUGUGUAUUAAAAAAUAAACUGAUGGGACACAA